CACCCUCUCGCUGUGUGCCUCCGCAGUGCUGCCUGUCGACGAGGAGUGCGUUUGAUUGUUGCAGGGCUCAAUGGCGGACAGAGUAGGAGAGUUGCGUUAGCACGGAGGACAAUAACAUCUCGACUACGUGAGCUCCUGGCGUGGCUCGGUCCGCCGCUUCGUGCCCGCGGAUGCACCGGGUGAGACGACCCCUCUCUCGCGCUAACGUCGGUUAGGAAGUCGCCUUUUUCUGCCAAUCUCGUUCCGCUCUUGAGUUCCCAUCCCGGGCGGAGAAGUUCCACUGUUUGACGGCAGCUCACGGAGGGCAGCUAGCUUGCGAGCGAACCAUGGGGGACUCCCUCGAAUUGAUAGGGAAGCGUAUGCUCUUGCUCCUCGACGACGGCACGUCUGCGAAUGGAUCCGAGCCGGAGCAGGCUACCUGGCUCCGGGGGACGGUGCGGGCGGUGAGCGUUAUCGGCCUGGCCGCCCCGGAGGUUAGCGAAGCGGAGGCGACAACAACAAGCGCUGCUGCAGGGCUGACGGUAUUUGUGGAGUUUGAGAAUGCUUCACAGCGGUGUUCCUGGGUGCAGGUGUAUGAUGAAGGGGUGAAAGGUCUGUUGGUAGAAGACUCUAUCGUUUGGGCCAAUCGGAGUGACGGCACCGGGACUACUGGAGCCCCAGCAUCAUCCACUGCCUGGCCUGCUCUAGUCUUCCGCUCACUCGUGGAUAGAGUGGGUUUAGGUUCGUUGGUUCCUGUGGAGUAUUUUGGAAACAAGACUUUUGAGUUCCUCCCUGAUAACAAAACUAUCCAGAGAUUUGAGGUUGAUAAAGACAUAAGACACCCAUUACUGUUGGAGCAGCCCUCGCUGCAGGCUGCCAUCUCCAGCUGGCGCACUGACUUUGAACUGCAGGAGAUCUUCAGGAAGGGUUCAUACACUAUUCAAGGACGCAGGGUUCUUGUGUACCAGCCAGAGUUUGAGGAGUGCUGGGCCUCAGGACUGGUCUCACAGCACGACCCUAUUUCACACAUUAUGGAGAUUACCUUGGAUAAGGGAAAAGAGAAUCAAAUUGUAGAUCCUCGUGUGAUCCAUGUCAUGAUGGCAGAGGGGGAGCUUGGUAAGAAUGGUCGGCGAAGGAAGGACAGUGAAACAAUAAAGGGUGAUAGUGGACGUAGACGUAGGACUCCCUCCGAAGGUGAGGAUGACCUAAACUUGAAACGUUUUAAAGGAGCUGGAGACGCGGGAGCUAACGCACAAAACUGUGUCGAUUCAAACAAAACCCCCGCGGAAGGGAUGGGGAUCUGGGUUGGAGACUCCGGUGAAAGAGUCAGCAGCACAACCAAAAACGGGAGCUCUACAGAUGGAACCUUCGCUCAGGGCAGGGUGUCAUCCCCCAAUACAAUUUCCUCACCCGAGAUGGACCAAUCAAAUGCUACCCCUCCUCGAUAUCCAGCCCACGUCAAAGAAAACGGCCGCUCACUCACCACACAAGUGGUAGCAGACUCCACCACCCCGGUUUCCCACACUCCCACCCCUCCCCCCCUCAAACCAGCCCCCUCUCCCUUCUCCACCACAUCUUUCCCUUCAUUAGGUCAGAUGCCAAGCCUGGUCCCUGGUGCUCCUGCCCCCAAGGCCUCCCCAUCCCCCCAGCCAGACCGAGAGGAGGCUUCCCAGUCGCCCUUUUCCAAAACGGCUGCUCUUGUUUCCCCGGGCCCUGUCACGAUUUCUUGGUCACAUGACAGUGGCCCUAGUGUGGCCCUUUCUGCUGCUGUUGGUUUUAGUUCUAAAGCUCCCGCCUGGGGAAGCCAGACUGAGGGGUCGAAAACUGCCUUGGGUUUUCGAUUGCCCCAGGCUGCUCCAGCUGCUCCUUUAUUUGGAGAUGCUACCUCUCAGACCAAUGGAGCUCCGACCCCUACCACAACCUCCCAGGACACUUCCAGACCUUUUGGUUUUGGCUUUGGUGGUGCAAAGAAUGAGACUCAAACCCAGCAAGACCAAAACUUGUUUUUCCAGUGCAUGACCCAGAAUUCUGGCCCUGGCCCAAGCCUAACUGCUGGUCAGACCCAAUCCAAGGACACCAAUUACUUCACCACAGUGUCGGAGAGCCUGAGUAAAGAGCCCCCAAGCCUUUUCAAGCCUGCAACCUCCACCGAAGGGCUGAAAAAGCCCAACCAGCCCAAAGUGCCUGAGACCCAUCCAACAGGAAAUGGUGUACUCAACAAACCGUCAUCAGGUGGCUCUUCAGGAGGAAGAGGCUCUAGUAUAAGUAUUGGUGGUCAGACGGCAGCCCCUGGAGCCCAAAGUGCUUCUAAGAAGAGCAGUAAUAAUGGAACUUCCAUGGGGGGUUUAGGCAUGCAAUCCAGUUUUACUUCUUCAGAUAGCCACCAGAACCUUUUUCUGCAAGCCUCCAAAGAGCCCACUAAUCCAUUCCUGGCAUAUGGGGACAAAACCUCCCACAUACCGUUUGCUGGACUCAGUGGGGCUGAGCCACAGACCCUGGGUCCUACCUCGGACAGCAAGCCGAACUUGUUCACUAUGGCAGAGCCACUUAAGGGGAUUCUGUCUUCCUCUUUCCAAUCACUCUCGGCAGCUGCUUCACCCAGCUCUUCCUCCACUCAAGCGCCAGCCUCAUCUCAGAAGUCACAGAGUGAAGGGACUUUGACCAAGGAGGAGCAAGAGGCUGCGGAGAUGCCAUCAUCCACCUCAGGCUGCCGCAUGUUUGGAAGCAUCCCUGGUGGAAUGGAAGAAGAGCCUGUGUCCUUUGACCAGAGCCAGUCCCAGAAGUUUACCCUGGAGGAAAGAGGCCAAGCAUCCAAACGUGACUCUGACUCCAGCAGCAACAGUGACCUGUCAGACCUGAGUGAGAAUGAGGAGGGCCCAGAGAAAGGCCAAGUCCCACCACUCCCCAUUAAGGAUGGUGCCAUGUUGCAGAAAACUAAAGUCCAGGGGGCUUCUAAGGGCCGUCCACGUAACAAGCCGUUCAAAGUGGGCCAGUCUGUGUUAAAAGACCAGAGCAAGGUGCGUCGUCUGAAGCAGUCUGGUGAGUCCUUUCUCCAGGAUGGUUCCUGCAUCAAUGUAGCCCCUCACUUGCACAAAUGCCGUGAGUGCCGCCUGGAGCGUUACCGUAAAUAUCGGAAUACGGAUGAAGAUAGCGAUGAUGAUGAUGACCCAAAUGUAGCCUGUCGUUUCUUCCACUUCAGAAGGUUGGCUUUCACUCGUAAAGGUGUGCUGCGCGUGGAAGGCUUUCUGAGCCCUCAGCAGAGUGAUUCCAUGGCUAUGAGUUUGUGGCUACCUGCACCAGCUGUUCAAGAGGGGCUGGACCUUGAUACAUCCAAGUACAUCCUGGCCAAUGUGGGAGAUCAGUUCUGUCAGUUGGUCAUGUCUGAGAAGGAGGCCAUGAUGAUGGUGGAACCUCACCAGAAAGUGGCAUGGAAACGUGCUGUGCGAGGCGUCAGAGAAAUGUGUGAUGUGUGUGAGACCACCCUCUUUAACAUCCACUGGGUGUGCCGCAAGUGUGGCUUUGGAGUUUGUCUGGACUGCUAUCGGCUCCGCAGGAACAGGCCAAGGGAGGAUGUGGAUGACGUUUCAGAGGACGAGGUUUUCUCUUGGUUGAAAUGUGCUAAAGGUCAACCUCAUGAGCCACAGAACCUCAUGCCUACGCAGAUUAUACCUGGGACAGCUCUAUACAACAUAGGGGACAUGGUGCAUUCAGCAAGAGGCAAGUGGGGUAUUAAGGCCAAUUGUCCAUGUACCAGUCGACACACCAAGCCUCUUGUGCGCCCUUUUGCUCCCAAUGGCAUUUCACAGUCUACAACGAGUGGUGGCGGUGGUGGCGGCAGCCUUAUAGCUGCAGCUUCUGGUAUUGGCACCACUCCAAAAUCAGAGGGAGAAGCGUCAGCCAUCAAAACAGAACCUACACAAACAGCAGCACCAUCAGACAGUGGGGGUGGGGAAAGUGUGGGCAGUACUAGUAACUCCACCAGUGGUACAUCCUCCCCCUGUAACCUCGCCCAGUCCUCUGCCAAGGAGUCACGCUCAUUGGGAGAGGGCAACAGCUCUGCUCUGCACUGGCUGGCAGACUUGGCCACACAAAAAGCCAAGGAUGACUCCAAGGAUUCUGGUUCACUUCGGGCCAUGAUGAGUCGAGACAGCCGGCCUCCCUUUGGUCUGGACUCCCUCAGUGCCCUGUCAAAGCCAUCUGCUUCUAGCCCUAAGCUAUUUAACAGCCUGUUACUGGGCUCAAGCAUGGCCCAGUCCAAACCUGAGGGGUCCAGUCUACGGGAUCUGCUCAACUCUGGACCAGGAAAACUCCCCCAGGGUCCUGGAGAGAGUGGCGUACCAUUCCCCUCCGUCUUUAGCACAGCAGGCAGUGAUAAGCUGAAGAGCAGCCUCCCGAACUUCCUCGAUCACAUCAUUGCCUCGGUUGUAGAGACCAAGAAAGCAGAAGGCCGUCGCACUGGGGCCUCUGAAGGUGGCGAGCUUUCUGCUUUGGGGGGCCGCAAAGAUGGUGUAAUGGGCCUUAGUGUUUUAGAACCACAUACCUCGCACUCCUGGCUCUGCGAUGGACGACUCCUCUGCCUACAAGAUCCCAGCAACGGCAACAACUGGAAGAUCUUCAGAGAGUGCUGGAAGCAGGGACAACCUGUGUUGGUGUCAGGGAUACAUAAACGUCUGAAAUCUAAUUUGUGGCGACCUGAAGCCUUCAGUGAGGAGUUUGGAGACCAGGAUGUAGACUUGGUCAACUGUAGAAAUUGUGCCAUCAUCUCUGAUGUGAAAGUGCGAGACUUCUGGGAUGGUUUUCAGGUCAUCAAAAAAAGACUGCAAGAUAAUGACGGCCAACCCAUGGUGUUGAAGUUAAAGGACUGGCCUCCAGGUGAAGACUUCAGGGACAUGAUGCCCACAAGGUUCGAUGAUCUGAUGGAUAACCUCCCCUUGCCUGAGUACACAAAGAGAGAUGGUCGUCUAAACCUUGCUGCCCGUCUGCCCAACUUUUUUGUGCGUCCUGACCUCGGGCCUAAGAUGUACAAUGCCUAUGGCUUAAUCUCCAGUGAAGACAGAAAGGUGGGAACCACUAACCUUCAUCUGGAUGUAUCUGAUGCUGUCAACGUCAUGGUGUAUGUUGGCAUCCCUCAAGUCGAUGCAGACCAGGAGCAAGAGGCAGAUCUGUCUGGACACAAAGAGGUCAUGACCACCAUCGAGGAGGGCGAUGUGGAUGAAAUGACGAAGCGGAGGGUGUACGAGGUGAAAGAGAAACCUGGAGCGCUCUGGCACAUCUACGCUGCCAAAGAUGCUGAAAAGAUCAGAGAACUGCUCCGAAAGGUGGGAGAGGAGCAGGGUCAAGAAAACCCUCCAGACCACGACCCCAUUCACGACCAGAGCUGGUACCUGGACCAGGUCCUCCGCCGCAGACUCUAUGAAGAAUAUGGUGUCCAGGGCUGGGCCAUUGUACAGUUCUUAGGAGAUGCUGUAUUCAUUCCUGCUGGAGCACCACACCAGGUGCACAACUUGUACAGCUGUAUCAAGGUGGCUGAGGACUUUGUUUCUCCUGAGCAUGUGAGGCACUGUUUCAGACUGACCCAGGAGUUCAGACACCUGUCCACUACUCAUACAAACCACGAAGACAAGCUACAGGUGAAGAACAUCAUCUAUCACGCAGUGAAGGACGCUGUUGGGACUAUGAAGGCCCAUGAACCUAAACUAGCACGCCCUUAGUUCCUCUCACUUAACGCUGUCCCAAGACAACCACCCUCUGAAGACCACACCACUACACACGCGCACACACACACACACACACACUAAACAUUACAUACCUACAUACACAAGCUACAGAGAUAGAGUGUAGCGUUUUUUUGGGCAGUGAAGAUUUGUUUUUGCGGAAAGAGAACAUUUGAUCUGGGGAGGGUUUAGACCGGGAGGGGUGAGUCAAUGUUUCGAUUAAGGAAGUCCUUUAUCGCUGUUGCACAGUAUGCUCAAACUUGUCUAGUUGUUUUCUUUUUUUCUGAUUAACUUCGUAUUUAAAGUCAGUGUGUUUGUUCUGUUGUUCUCAUUGUAUAUCUAUGAUGUGAGAGUAAGGGAGGUUAAAGCUGACGUGCCUUUGGAGCAGAGGUUCAGCUACUAUAUAAGCGACUGACAAAAUGUGAGUACUGGGCUAACUUUCCUAUUUUGAUGACGUCGAUAUUAUUUUUCUUCAAUAGGAGCAAGGUUAACCUGUUUUUGUAGAUUUUUUUCGUUGUUGGAGUUUUUAAACAGCUGAUUGCUUCUGCCCUCUGUGGCUGAAAUGAAUUUGGGAAGCAGCCAGUGAAGAGAAGCAGACCAAAGUUUUGUAUUUUAGUUUUCUUAUUUCAGUUUUAGAAAAAGAAGUCUUUUCUUUGUAUACACCACAAGAUAAUGAUCAGAAGGACUUCAGAGAGGGCAGUUUUUUCAAGUCAUGGGUUUGGUCACUUGUCUUUGUCCCAUGGACUGAAUGAACGGAAGAUUUUCAACACCAUAGUUCAAAAAUCCCAAUUGCAGCUGAACAGAACUACUGGCCAUUAACAUCGUAUCAAUAUAUAUUGAUCUUAGCAGUCUGUUUGAUUUUUCACAAUAAAAGUUACAAAAAUUA